AUGUCAGCAGAUUUGAGGAUCAUGAUUCUUGGUAAAUCUGAUGUGGGAAAGACUGCAACAGCAAACACCAUCCUGUGUAGAAAUGCAUUUCAAGCAGGGGCACAAUCUGAUACUUUAACCUGUGAGAAACAAGAUGCAGUAGUUUCUGGAAGGAAUAUCUCAAUCAUUGACACUCCAGGACUGUUAGAUGCUCAGAUGUACAAGCACUUUCCGGAUGAACUAAAGCGGGAUAUCGAUAAAUGCUUAGAAAUAUCUGCUCCUGGUCCUCAUGUGUUUCUGCUGGUCAUCAGACUGAAUGGGGAAUACACAGAAGAGGAGAAAAACACAGUCAAAUGGAUUCAGAAGAACUUUGGAGAAGAUGCAGUACGGCACACUUUUGUUCUGCUCACUCACAUGGAUUUGCUGAAGGACGAAUCAUUGGAUCUGUAUAUCAGAAAAAGCCCUGAUUUACAGCCACUGAUUGACAGCUGUGGAAGAAGAUUUCACUCGUUCAACAAUCAGCACAGAAACAACCAAGUUCAGGUGACAGAACUGCUGAAGAAGAUCGAACAGCUGAUUGAAGACAAUGGAGGACAACAUUAUUCCAAUGAGACGAGCCCAAAGAAGAAACAAGAGGAGAUAAGACAUGACAAUAGUCAAGAGGACAUAGAGAAAUUCUUACAUGAACAGAAAAGAGAAACAGAUGAACUCUUGACACUCAUGAUGAGUCUUGAGAUGAGUGAGAUGGCUCAGAGAUUGUCACAAGUGAGAGCAAUGGCACAGAGCAAUCUGUCAAAACAAGAUCUGAGGAUUGUGCUGCUGGGUUUUCUUACAGCUGGUAAGAGUGCAACAGGAAACACCAUCCUGGGCAAAAAUGUGUUCAGAGAAAGUUUUAUGACAUCUACUAGGAGAUGUGAGAAACAAGAAGCAAUGGUGCAUGACAGGAACAUCUCAAUGAUAGACACUCCAGGACUGUUAGAUCCAUUCUUAUUCAGGCACAUUCAAGAUCAUAAUGAGUCUGAUAUUGACAAAAGCUUAGAAAUGUCUGCUCCUGGUCCUCAUGUGUUUCUGCUGGUGAUUGGUGUUGAAGGAUUAGCAAGGGUGGAAAAGAACCCGGUUAAAUGGUUCCAGGAGAACCUUGAAAAAGAUGCUUUAAAUCACACUAUUGUUCUUGUCACCCAUGCUGAUUUGCUGGAUGCACUGAUUGACGAACCUCUAAAUGAGUAUAUCCAAAAAAUCAAGGACCUCAAAUCACUUAUAGACAGCUGUGGUGGCAGAUAUCACUCAUUUAACAACAAGGACAGAAACAAUCGAGGUCAGGUCAAAGAGCUGCUGGAGAAGAUUGAUGAAAUGGUGCAGGGAAAUGGAGGAAGGCACUACACCAAACAAAACAUAUUUAAAAGAGAAACAGGUGGUUGUGAGAUACAAUAA